UCAUCAACUCAUCAUUCUUCAUCAUCACCGCCAGUACUACUAUCACACACACACACACACACAAGCACAAAAUUCCAAAAUCCAAACCAACUAAACCAUACUCCCAUUACCGCCACAUCCACCACCACAAUCACAAUGUAACAAAACCAACAAAACUUCCAAAACCAAUAACCAAAAUCCACAACCCGAAAUGGAUUUGUCCAGAUGGACUUCAUCUUCAUCUUCAUCUUCAUCUUCUUACUCCUCCUCUUCCUCCGCCUUCAUUCCGCCGCACCGCACUCAACUCCACCCCCGUAUGCACCUCUUCUCUCAACCGCCGAACCCUAGCAAGCAACAGCAGCAGCACUCUUUCCACUCCAAAUGCCUCCUCCUCCUCGCCUCUCUCUUCACCGUCCCUUUCCUCUUCCACCUCUUCUCCACCGCCCAAAAGAUCCACUCCUCCACCAAGUUCACCGACCCCAAGUCCUCCCCGCUCUUCGGCGUCGUCAUCAACGCCGGCUCCGCCGGAUCCCGCGUCCGCGUCUUCGAGUUCCUCGGCGACGCCGAAGCCAGGAUCCCACUCAUGGACGGCUCCGGCUCCAGCUCCAUGAAGGUCCGACCCGGUCUCGCUCUCGACCCGGACUCGAUCGCGCACUUGAUCGCCUUCGCGAAGCGCCGGGUCCCCAAAAAGGAGCGGAGGAACACUAAAAUUCAGUUGAUGGUCGGUGCGCAUUUGAACAAUUUGGGUCCGGAGAGUAGGGAUAAGGUUCUCGAGUCGUGUAGAAAGCUUUUGAGAUCGUCUGGGUUUCUGUUCAAGGAUCCAUGGGCGCGUGUAAUUCUAGGUGAAGACGAAGGUUUUUAUGCUUGGGUUGCUGCAAACUAUGCUCUUGGAGCUUUGGGAAGUGAACCACAGGAAACCACUGGGAUAGUUGAAUUUGGUGGGGCUUCUUUGCAGGUUACAUUUGCUACAAAAGAAGCAGAACAGCUGCAAUCUUCAAGAACUGUCAAAUUGUCUGGAGUUAUUUAUUAUCUAUAUACUCAGAGCUUUCCAAAAUUCGGUCAGGAUGCAGCCUGGGAAUCACUGUACGAGGCUCACAAUUCAAGAGAGUUGGUAUCUUUGUCAAGUUCUACUGAUGGCAUCAUUGGUAACCCUUGCAUUCCCAGAGGAUAUAAUCUGCCACUGAAUGCUAGUUAUGCUAAGAUUCCGACAUCUCAUCCAGCUGGAAACUUUUCUGCAUGCAGAAAUGAAGCAUUGGCAUUGUUAAAGAGAAAAAAAGAUAAAUGCUUGCAUCUGCCUUGCAAAAUUGUUUCAUCCCUCUUUCCUGAGUCACUAGGCAAGCCAGUUUCUUCGGAAAAUAUUUUAUUUACUUCUGAGUUUUUUGGGCUCAUUCCUAAGGCUUCUUUGUUGGUGUUGGAAGCAGCUGGUCAACAUUACUGUGAAGAUGACUGGAGAAAACUGAGAAUCCAGCAUCAAAACAUUGAUGAUUUGGAUCUGUCAAGAUAUUGUUUCUCUUCAGCAUAUAUGAUGGCACUUUUGCAUGACAGUCUCGGAAUCCCUAUGAAUGAAAAAAGGGUUGGGUUUGCAAAUCACACUGGAAGCAUUCCUCUUGACUGGACAUUUGGAGCUUUCAUUGUCGAAACAAUGUUGGAGCCCCUUGAGUUGGAACCCGAUAACUUGGGGCAGAUUGUUGGAAAUGAGUCAGUUACGUACUUUUUGUUGUUUGCAUUUCUUUUAACAGCUGUACUUGCUAUGUUCUUUGUACUGCAAUGGCAGAAACCUCAAUUAAAGACUAUCUAUGAUCUAGAGAAGGGGCGCUAUAUUGUCACUCAUGUACCUAGAUAAUUAUUUCCCAAUCUUCCCCCAGCCCUUUACUUUUCUCUCCUCAUUUGAAUAGAACCUGUUAAUUCAGCUAUGUAUUCAAGAUCAAACAAUUCUUUAGAAGUAUAUGAGAGCUCUGUAGCACAAUGAGCUUUAUUGCUUGAAA